CAAAGCCUUUCGCUUUCUCUGGAUCUUUCUUUUCACUGCCCUUCACACUCGCUACUUUCUCUCUCUAUACAUACAGAUCAGUGUAUGUAUAUAUAUACAGUGUUUCUAGUAUUUUUUUCGCAUUGACAAACCAACCUGAGAACUUGUUCGGAGAUGACAACAUUUGUAGAUAAGGGAGCUUCUUGCUUCCAUUUUCUAUUCUUAACUAGUUUCCUACUACCACUGCUACUACAACAAUUACCUUUGAUCAUCCAAGAUUGAAGUAAAUUAAUUUCCUGUUUUGUCUUGGCUUACCAUUUGAUUUGUUGUAAACGAAGAAAAUCAUUUGAAGGGACGGAGAGAAAGAGAGAUCGCGACGAAGUUGCCGAUUUCUUCUUUUAGAUCACUGUUUGUCCAAAGCAUGUGCGUUGGCCCAGAGAGAUCAAAUUCAUCAUCAUCAUCUGCUGCUGCGCAAUCUCCUGUUGAUAUCAAAACUAACAACACAAAGGAUAUGAAUAAAUUAUCUGUUGUAACUGAAGAUUGUUUUUCGAGUUUGCUUGAACUUGCUGCUGACAACGAUGUUGACGGCUUUAAGCAAAUGGUUGAGCGAGACCCCUCAGCGAUUGAUGGGGCUGGACUUUGGUUGGUGCGUAAGAAGGGGACAAAGCAGAUUGUACGCGAGGAAAGAACUCCACUGAUGGUUGCUGCUGCAUAUGGGAGCGUUGAUGUCCUGAAGUUGAUUGUUUCUCCAGAGGUUGAUUUGAAUCGAGCAUGUGGGCCAGAUAAGUGCACUGCCCUUCACUGUGCCACAGCUGGUGGUGCUGUCAAUGCUGUCGAUGUGGUUAAGGUGCUUUUAUCGGCUGGUGCUGAUCCAACAUUGAGGGAUGCCAGUCUGAGGCCUGUUGAUGUGAUUGUUGUUCCUCCAAAGCUUGCAACUGCUAAACUUGCACUGGAGGAGUUGCUAGUGAACAACCCUUCUGAUGGAUCAUUUGGCAACUGCAAUUUAAGCAUAUCAGUGACAACUUCAAAUGGUUCCUCGCCAAUCCUCUCCUCAUCGCCUGAAAAUGGGUCUCCAUGUUCCCCCUCCGAGUUGGUAUCUUCUCCUAUCACAUCAAAGUUCAUUGGUGCUCCAGCAAAUUCUGUCUCUGAAAAGAAGGAAUAUCCUAUUGAUCUCCUUCCUGACAUUAAGAAUAGCAUUUAUGCAACUGAUGAGUUCAGGAUGUUCUCGUUCAAGGUUAGGCCUUUUAGAGCCUAUUCUCAUGAUUGGACAGAGUGCCCAUUUGUUCACCCAGGAGAGAAUGCUCGCAGAAGAGAUCCAAGGAAGUUUCACUACAGCUGUGUUCCUUGUCCUGAUUUUCGCAAGGGUGCCUGCAGGCGAGGUGAUGCGUGUGAAUAUGCGCAUGGGGUAUUUGAGUGCUGGCUACACCCAGCUCAAUAUCGGACACGGCUAUGCAAGGACGGGACCAGCUGUUCAAGAAGAGUGUGCUUUUUUGCCCACACGGCUGAGGAGCUUCGGCCACUGUAUGUUUCAACUGGGUCUGCUGUUCCUCCUCGGUCAGCAGCUUCAGCAGCUGGUGUCAUGGACAUGGCUGCUGCUCUGAAUCUUUUGCCUGGUUCACCUUCAUCCCAUCCUGUGAUGUCUCCGUCUGCAUUUAAUCAGCCUAUGUCCCCAACUGCUAAUGGAAUGUCGCAUUCAUCUGGGGCAUGGACUCAACCAAUUGUUCCAGCCCUUCAUCUACCCGGAAGCAACCUUCAAUCGAGCCGCCUGAGGUCUUCCCUGAGUGCACGGGAUAUCCCACCUGCGGAAUUUAACAUGUUGCAGGAUUUUGAUGCCCAGCAACUAGUACUAAAUGACCUGGCUUGUUUUUCACAGUCACGUCCUAAUUCUCUCUCUUUGAAUCAUUCUGGUCGGUCAAAGACACUAACUCCUUCAAAUCUGGAAGAGCUAUUUUCUGCUGAAAUGAAUUCUUCUCCUCGAUAUGCUGAUCCGGCAGCGGGUGGUGGAGUAUUUUCUCCAUCUCAUAAAUCAGCUGUUCUCAAUCAAUUCCAACAGCAGCAAAGCAUGCUUUCACCAAUCAAUACUAAUGUGUUUUCUCCCAAAAAUGUUGAGCACCCUUUGUUGCAGGCCUCAUUUGGCGUUUCAUCUCCUGGAAGAAUGUCACCAAGAAGUGUGGAGCCCAUUUCAAUGAGCGCACGCCUUUCUGCCUUGGCUCAGCGUGAGAAGCAUUAUCAACAACUGCGCAGUCUUAGCUCCCGCGAUCUUGGGUCUAAAAAUGUUUCUGUUAUUGGCUCUCCUGUGAAUUCCUGGACCAAAUUUGGUGGUUCUCCCAGUGGAAAAGUUGAUUGGUCUGUUAAUGGAGAUGAAAUUGGUCAGAUGAAAAGGUCUUCAUCCUUUGAGGCUAACAACAAUGGAGAGGAGCCUGACCUGUCAUGGGUGCAAUCUCUCGUCAAGGAAUCAUCACCUGAGAUGAAAGACAAGCUUGCAGCACCGCUUUCUGGUGCUGCGCCAUCCGGUGAGGGUUUGAAAUCCAGUUCUCAAAUUGAUUCAAUUGAUCACUCAGUUUUAGGAGCUUGGCUCGAGCAGAUGCAACUUGAUCAGCUCGUGGUCUAGGGAAAGAGCCCAGAUUCAUUUUCAUUUAAACAAACUAAACUCGUAGAAGUAUAUAUUCUUUUUGAGGUAUUUUUUGUUGGCGGAAAAGGCUAUUUGGCACCGGUAAAAGCUGGCAAGGUUUUCUCAAAGGGUACGAGGAGGCUAGAAAUUUUUAUGAAAGUUAAUUCAAUUUUAAUCAUUAUUUUGUUUGCAGCAGAAGUUCUAAAUUGUUAUCUGGGCUGCAUUUAUCAAAACUCAGUCCAGAAUGGGUAAUAUGUUCUUACUGUAUUUCAUGGUUAUAGUAAUAUUUUUUUUUUUGGGAUUAAUAAGCUUUGGAUCUUCGGACUCCCAAUUUACUAAAUGCUGUCAUACUCCUGUA